AUGGGGUCCAUGCGUCCGACGGGGCGGUUCCUGUCGUUCACUUCUAAUAUACAACGAACACAGAAACAGCCUGUGUCAAGUGGUUUCCCACAAAGUCUAUCUGGUAGUGAGACUGAUGUGUCUACAUCCAAUGAGAAUUUAUCAAGAGAAGAGCGGUAUGUUGUUCGCCAUACAGCACGAGUUGAACCACAAGGCCAGGAAAAUCAGAGUCAAACCAAUAAUAAUGGUAAUAACCGGAACUCGCUAAAGGAGAGUGUAACAGGAAGCAAUCGAAACUCCCUUAAGGAUUCCGUAGGAGGGGGCAAUAGCAAUCGAAGUUCAUUAGAUGUCUCCUCGUCGUCCUACAAUACUCUGAUAAUUCACAAUCAGGACGAUUCAUGGCCUCCACGACCGACACCUAUUCGAGAACACGAACGAACAGCCAGCGAGGUGAAGCAUUCCAAUACGCAGUCGUCACCUUAUCAUACUCUGAAAAAAAGCGAAACAGGCAAAAAGCCUAGUGGCAUUCCGUUGCCAAAGGCUCAUAAGGAGCAAGCGGUUACUGCCAACGCGAACUACAUCGACAUCGGCGGUCAGAGGAUUUACACUAGCCCGCCUGAUCAUGGAGUGCAGGAGAUAACCGAGAUUCCGGACGACUUCUUGAACCAGUCGUCGGUGCUGAAGCACCUGGCCAAGGAGGUGGCGCAGUCGCCGACGCCGCGCGGGCCCACGCCGCCCGCCUCCCCCCGCCAUCAAAGAGAUCGCGCCAAGGACAAGCUCAGCCUGUCCAGGUCUCAGCCCGAUCUCACCAGCGUGGGCGUGGGCGUGGGCGUGCGCGCCGCCCCCGGCGGCUCCGAGUCGAGCGGCUGGUGCAGCGGCGGCGAGGGCUCGCUGGAGGAGCCCGACGACGCGUUCGCCGCCGUGCUGGACGCCCUCGCCGCAGAGAACCACCAGCUCAAGGGGCAGCUGGCGGACGCGUGCGAGCGCGUUGCCAAGACCACAAAGCUCGAGGAGGAGGUGGAGAAGGUGCGGCGCGCGCACGAGGACCUGGUGGGGUCCUGCGAGCGACGCGAGCGGCUGGAGCGCGCCGCCCGCCUGCGCCUGCAGGCCGACUGCAGGCGUCUGCAGGACCUCAACCGGGCGCUGAAGCAGCAGGUGGAGGUGCUGACCGCAGGCGUGCGCGCCGACGGCGACGCGAACGCCGAAGCCCUGCGCAAGGAGCUGCAGAAUAGGGAGAUGCUCAUCGCGCAGCUCAUCACGCAAAAUAAGGAGCUGGCGUGCGCGAAAGAGAGGCAGGAGAUAGAGAUGGCUGCCCAGCGGGCCACGUUGCAGGAGCAGAGGACGCACAUCGACAUCCUGGACACGGCCCUCACCAACGCCCAGGCCAACGUGGUCCGCCUCGAGGAGGAGUGCCGCCACGCGGGCGGCUACGUGGAGCGCGUGAUGGGGCUGCAGAGGGCGCUGGCGUCGCUGCAGCAGGCCUCCGACCGGCGAGAGCACACCGAGAGGAAGCUGCGCGCACAGCUCGAGAAGGAGCUGCAGACGCUCAGCCAAUGGAACAAACGUAGAGGAUCGUGCUUCGCCAGCCUAUAUGAUACGAAGCGCGAGUGCGGCUGCGGCGGGGGCGGCGGCGGCGUGGGCGGCGCGGGGGGCGGCGGGGGCGGUGCGGCGGGCGGCGGCGGCGGGGGCGCGGGGGGCGGCGAGGCGGAGCUGCGGCGGCAGCUGCGCGAGCGCGACGAGCGGCUGCUCGCGCUCGAGGGCGAGUGCGCCAAGUGGGAGCAGCGCUACCUCGAGGAGGCCGCGCUGAGGCAGGCCGCGGUCUCCGCCGCCUCCAUACCCAAGGACGUGAAAAUCGCGGCACUCGAAAAGACGUCGGCCGAAUCCGAGAGGUUAAUGGCGGAGGCGCGGAGCGAAAAGAUACGGCACAUGGACGAGCUGCACUUGGCGCAGAAGAAAGUGGCCGAUCUUGAGGGCAGAGUGAAGGAGUUGGAAUCGAAAGUCGCCGAACGCGAUGCGAUGAUCAAAGUGCUGCAGAAACACACCAGCGCCGCCUACGAUAGCGGUGCUUCGCUCAGGAACAACUCCAGUCGAGAGGAACUCGUCGGGUUGUCGUCGGGCGCGUCGUUUUCGAGCGCGGAGGGCGUGGGCGUGGGCGGCGUGGGCAGCGUGGGCAGCGUGAGCGGCGGCGUGGCCUCGCGCUACCGCCAUCUGGCGCGCAGGAACUACUCGCCCCACAACGACAACACCAGCGGGUGCGGCUUCGACAGCAGCUCCCUGCGGCUGGACGAGCAGCUGGCGGCGCUGGAGUCGCGCCUGGAGCGGCCCCCCGUGCCGGCCCGCGGGCUGUGCUGCUUCCCGGGCCUGGGGGCGGUGGGGGGGCGCGCGGGGGGCGGGCGCGGCGAGGAGGCGCUGCUGCUGGAGCGGCAGGGGCGCGCCUCGCAGCAGACGCGCUCCUCGAGCCUGCCGCCGCCGCCCUCUGCCCUGCCCCGCCCGCCGCGAAAGCCCUCCGCCAGGAACACCCGAUACGACCGCCUCGAGCACAGGGACGCGAGAAAGGAUUCAGACGGGUCCGGUUCAAUAGCGUCGAGCGCGUCGCGCAGUUCGCCUUUGCCCUACGACGCGGUACGGAAACUGCCCUCCGUGCCCACGUCUGCCUCCCUCCCGGCAGCCGAAUCCCGGGAGUCCCUAGUUCGGCCCCGGGACUCAAGCCUACCUUCGCCGUCCAAGCUAGCCGUGUACGCGGCAGCCAGGCGGCGUUCAGCAGAGUCCGCUAAGGACAAUAAGAGACCGCAACAUCACUACCGAAUCCAAUUU